GUCGGGGAGGAGGAUGCUGCGCCGGGGCGGAGCGUCGGUCCCGGGGCCGCCCCGAGGCAGGGGUGGCGGUGGAGCCCAUGGCUCCCAUAUAGCGGCGCGGGCGGGCGCCGGGGGGGCGGCCGCGAUGGAGUACGCGGAGGUGGACGAGUACUACUACGGGGAGGAGGUGGCGGGCAACGCGACGUGGGAGGCGUGUGAGUGGCAGGCGGACUGGGAGGCGUCGUUCUCGCUGCUGCCGCUGCUCUACCUUCUGGUCUUCGCGCUGGGGCUGUCGGGCAACGGGCUGGUGCUGCUGACGGUGUGGCGCGGCCCGCGGGCCCGGCGCCGCUCCGCCGACGCCUACAUCGGGAACCUGGCGCUGGCCGACCUGGCCUUCGUGGCCACGCUGCCGCUCUGGGCCGCCUACACGGCGCUGCGCUUCCACUGGCCCUUCGGCGCGGCGCUCUGCAAGCUCAGCAGCUUCCUGGUGCUGCUCAGCAUGUUCGCCUCCGCCUUCUGCCUGGGCGGCCUCAGCGCCGAGCGCUGCCGCGCCGCCGCCCCGCCGCCCCGCGUCGCCCCCCGCCGCCGCCCCGCCGGGCUGGGCCCGCUGGCCGCGCUCUGGGCGGCGGCGGCGGCGGCGGCGCUGCCGGCGCUGCUGCUGCGGGAGGCGCGGCGGGGGCCGCGGAACCGGACGCUGUGCGAGCUGGCGGCGGGGGGCGCGGGGCGGGCGGCGGCGCUCAGCCUGGGCGCCACGGCGCUGGGCUUCGCCGCGCCGCUGCUGCUCAUGGCCGUGUGCUACUGCUGCGUGGCCGCCGCCGUCCGCCGCCACCUGCGCCCGGGGCGCGCCGAGGCGGCGGCGCGGCGGCGGCUGCUGCGGCUGAUCGCGGUGCUGGUGGCCGCGUUCGCCGGCUGCUGGCUGCCCUUCCAUCUGCUCAAGAGCCUCUUCGCGCUGGCGGCUGCCGGGCUGCUGGAGCUGCCCUGCGCGCUGCUGGGGCUCAUCGCCCGCCUGCACCCCUACGCCACCUGCCUCGCCUACCUCAACAGCUGCCUCAACCCGCUGCUCUACGCCUUCCUCGACGGCCGCUUCCGCGCCCGCUGCCGCCUGCUGCUGGGUCCACGCCGCGCGCCCGCCGCCGCCUCCUCGCUCAGCGGCCCCACGCAGCGCUCCGAGCUCGGCUCGGCCGGCACCAAGCUGUAGCCCCGCCGCGCCCCAAUAAACGCCCUAUCGCCGCCGGA